CAUCCCUUAAAAUUAAUUCGGAAAUUUCAUAAACUUGAUUUGUUUACCUCUCAAAAUUUACUUUAAUUAUUAAUAUCAAAAAAAUAGAUAGUCAGACAUCAGCCAUGGACAUGUUUAGUCCGUAUUCCAAUUUGAGCAUGGGUGCAACACCUUUGCAUAUUCCGGAUGAAGAUUUAGCAAAAUUUGAAAGCUUUAGUCAGCAACAGCAACAAAAUAAUGUCUAUCUCCCGAAACAGAUGACCUAUCCUCCACCUCCAAUGAUGAUGUCUCACAUGUCCCAACAGCCACAAACACCGGUUUUCGUGCCAAUGGUUCCAGCUGUGCCUGAGGUACAUACGCCUGCAAUUGAUGCGAGUCCAAUGAUGGCUAUGACACCAAUGGAUUCAUCGAUACUACCCCAACUCCAAAAUAUCGUCUCGACAGUUAAUUUAAAUUGUAAACUGGAUCUUAAGAAAAUUGCUCUUCAUGCUCGUAAUGCUGAAUAUAAUCCCAAACGUUUUGCUGCUGUUAUCAUGAGGAUUCGUGAACCACGAACGACUGCCUUAAUCUUUUCAUCCGGCAAAAUGGUAUGUACAGGAGCUAAAAGUGAAGACGAUUCAAGAUUAGCAGCAAGGAAAUACGCUCGAAUCAUCCAAAAAUUGGGCUUUAAUGCUAAGUUCUUAGACUUUAAAAUACAAAAUAUGGUAGGGAGCUGUGAUGUAAAAUUUCCUAUCCGACUAGAAGGACUUGUUCUCACACAUUGCAAGUUCAGUAGCUACGAACCUGAGCUUUUCCCUGGACUCAUUUAUCGUAUGGUUAAACCGAGAAUUGUGUUACUGAUAUUCGUUAGUGGAAAAGUCGUAUUAACUGGUGCAAAGGUUCGUAAGGAGAUUUAUGAUGCAUUCGACAACAUCUUUCCAAUUUUGAAGUCAUUCAAAAAGUCUUAAGUAUACAGAACAACAUAGAUACUAAGAUUCACAAAAAUCACCUACUUAUAAAGCUCUAUAAAAUGAAAUUUCUGGAUGUGGAAUUUUGAGAAGCUAUCAAUGAAGAUGCUUUUUCAAUAUUUUACGUGUUUUUUCUACAAUCCUUUUCUUAAUUUUAAGAGACAUUAUUAUACUUUGAUUUAAUGGAAUAAAAUACAAUUAUGUGGAGUUAAUGAGA